GGCCAGUGGCCGCGGCGCCCCCGGAAGGGGUUGCCGAGUGGGGCAUUCACUUCCGGUCUGGGGCCUGCGGCGGCGGUGGUGUCGGCGGCGGCGGCGGCGGCGGCGGCGGCGGCAGCGGGUCGGUGUAGAAAAUGGCGCUGGUGCAGCGGCUCGGGCCUCUCCCCGCGGUGCUGCGGAGGGCUUGAGGCUCGCGAGCCUCCUUCGCCGCGCCCCACUUGUUCGUGCACUUUACACACAUGAGAGAAUUGGAAGCUAAAGCUACCAAAGACGUAGAAAGAAAUCUUAGCAGGGAUUUAGUGCAAGAAGAAGAACAGUUGAUGGAAGAAAAGAAAAAGAAAAAAGACGACAAGAAAAAGAAGGAAGCUGCUCAAAAGAAGGCCACUGAACAAAAAAUCAAAGUGCCAGAACAGAUAAAGCCCAGUGUAAGCCAGCCUCAGCCUGCCAACUCUAAUAACGGCACUUCCACAGCAACCAGCACUAAUAAUAAUGCCAAGCGAGCUACAGCCAACAAUCAGCAGCCACAGCAGCAGCCACAGCCGCAGCCACCGCAGCAGCAGCAACAACAGCAGCAGCCGCAGCAGCAGCCGCAGCAGCAGCCGCCACAGCCGCAGCCACAGCAGCAGCCACAGCAGCAGCCACAGGCCUUGCCUCGGUAUCCUCGUGAAGUACCUCCACGAUUUCGCCACCAGGAACACAAACAGCUUCUAAAGAGGGGUCAGCAUUUUCCUGUUAUAGCAGCAAACCUUGGAUCUGCUGUUAAAGUGUUAAACAGCCAGUCAGAAAGCAGUGCUUUAACAAAUCAACAGCCACAAAAUAACGGAGAGGUGCAGAACAGCAAAAACCAGUCAGAUAUAAACCACAGUACUUCAGGAUCCCAUUAUGAAAAUCCCCAGCGGGGACCUGUGUCUUCUACAAGUGAUUCUAGCACAAACUGUAAGAAUGCUGUUGUAAGUGACUUGUCGGAAAAAGAAGCAUGGCCCUCAGUCCCUGGCAGUGAUCCGGAGUUGGCUUCAGAAUGUAUGGAUGCUGAUUCUGCCUCCAGUUCUGAAUCAGAAAAAAACAUCACUAUCAUGGCUUCAGGGAACACAGGUGGUGAAAAAGAUGGCCUUCGGAAUAGCACUGGACUUGGUUCCCAAAACAAGUUUGUAGUUGGUAGCAGCAGCAAUAAUGUGGGCCACGGAAGCAGUACUGGGCCAUGGGGUUUUUCCCAUGGAGCCAUAAUAAGCACAUGUCAGGUCUCUGUGGAUGCUCCUGAAAGCAAAUCUGAAAGUAGCAACAAUAGAAUGAAUGCUUGGGGCACUGUAAGUUCUUCAUCAAAUGGAGGGUUAAAUCCAAGCACUUUGAAUUCAGCUAGCAACCAUGGUGCCUGGCCAGUAUUAGAGAACAAUGGACUUGCCCUAAAAGGGCCUGUAGGGUGUGGUAGUUCUGGCAUUAAUAUUCAGUGCAGUACUAUAGGCCAGAUGCCUAACAAUCAGAGUAUUAACUCUAAAGUGAGUGGUGGUUCUACCCAUGGUACCUGGGGAAGCCUUCAGGAAACUUGUGAAUCUGAAGUAAGUGGUACACAGAAGGUUUCAUUCAGUGGUCAACCUCAAAAUAUUACCACUGAAAUGACUGGACCAAAUAACACUACUAACUUUAUGACCUCUAGUUUACCAAACUCCGGUUCAGUGCAGAAUAAUGAGCUGCCUAGUAGUAAUACAGGGGCCUGGCGUGUGAGCACAAUGAAUCAUCCUCAGAUGCAGGCUCCAUCAGGUAUGAAUGGCACUUCCCUUUCUCACCUUAGCAAUGGAGAGUCAAAAAGUGGAGGCUCUUAUGGUACUACAUGGGGUGCCUAUGGUUCUAAUUACUCUGGAGACAAAUGUUCAGGCCCUAAUGGCCAAGCUAAUGGUGACACUGUGAAUGCAACUCUAAUGCAGCCUGGCGUAAAUGGUCCUAUGGGCACUAACUUUCAAGUUAACACAAACAAAGGAGGUGGUGUGUGGGAAUCUGGUGCAGCAAACUCCCAGAGUACAUCAUGGGGAAGUGGAAAUGGCGCAAAUUCUGGAGGAAGUCGAAGAGGAUGGGGAACCCCUGCACAAAACACUGGCACUAAUUUACCCAGCGUUGAGUGGAACAAACUGCCUAGCAAUCAGCAUUCCAAUGACAGUGCAAAUGGCAAUGGUAAGACGUUUACAAAUGGAUGGAAAUCUACUGAGGAAGAGGAUCAGGGUUCUGCCACAUCUCAGACAAAUGAGCAAAGCAGUGUGUGGGCCAAAACAGGAGGUACAGUAGAGAGCGAUGGUAGUACAGAAAGCACUGGACGCCUUGAGGAAAAAGGAACUGGGGAAAGUCAGAGUAGAGACAGAAGAAAAGUUGAUCAGCACACGUUACUCCAAAGCAUUGUAAACAGAACUGACUUAGAUCCACGUGUCCUGUCCAACUCUGGUUGGGGACAGACUCCUAUUAAGCAGAAUACUGCCUGGGAUACAGAAACAUCACCUAGAGGGGAACGAAAGACUGACAAUGGGACAGAGGCCUGGGGAAGCUCUGCAACACAGACUUUUAACUCAGGGGCAUGUAUAGAUAAGACUAGCCCUAAUAGUAAUGAUACCUCAUCUGUAUCAGGGUGGGGCGAUCCCAAACCUGCUCUGAGGUGGGGAGAUUCCAAAGGCUCAAACUGCCAGGGAGGGUGGGAAGAUGAUUCUGCUGCUACAGGAAUGGUCAAGAGCAAUCAGUGGGGGAAUUGCAAAGAGGAGAAGGCUGCAUGGAAUGACUCGCAAAAGAACAAACAGGGAUGGGGUGAUGGACAAAAAUCAAGCCAAGGGUGGUCUGUUUCUGCCAGUGAUAACUGGGGAGAAACUUCAAGGAGUAACCAUUGGGGUGAGGCCAAUAAGAAAUCCAGCUCAGGAGGUAGUGAUAGUGACAGGUCCGUUUCCGGUUGGAACGAACUUGGUAAAACUAGUUCUUUUACUUGGGGAAACAACAUAAAUCCAAAUAAUUCAUCAGGAUGGGAUGAAUCUUCUAAACCUACUCCUUCCCAGGGAUGGGGAGACCCUCCAAAGUCUAAUCAGUCUCUAGGUUGGGGAGAUUCGUCAAAGCCGGUCAGUUCUCCAGACUGGAACAAGCAACAAGACAUUGUUGGAUCUUGGGGAAUCCCACCAGCUACAGGCAAACCUCCUGGUACAGGCUGGCUGGGGGGACCUAUACCAGCCCCAGCAAAAGAAGAAGAACCCACAGGCUGGGAGGAACCAUCCCCAGAAUCUAUACGUCGCAAAAUGGAGAUUGAUGAUGGAACUUCAGCUUGGGGAGAUCCAAGCAAAUACAACUACAAAAAUGUGAACAUGUGGAACAAAAACGUCCCAAAUGGCAACAGCCGUUCAGACCAGCAAGCACAGGUACAUCAGCUGCUAACGCCUGCAAGUGCCAUCUCAAACAAAGAGGCAAGCAGUGGCUCUGGCUGGGGUGAGCCCUGGGGGGAGCCUUCUACUCCAGCCACAACUGUGGAUAAUGGUACUUCAGCAUGGGGUAAGCCCAUAGACAGUGGUCCCAGCUGGGGGGAACCCAUUGCUGCGGCAUCCAGCACAUCCACGUGGGGCUCCAGCUCUGUUGGUCCACAAGCAUUAAGCAAAUCUGGGCCAAAAUCUAUGCAAGAUGGCUGGUGUGGUGAUGAUAUGCCAUUGCCUGGAAAUCGCCCCACUGGCUGGGAAGAGGAAGAGGAUGUAGAGAUUGGAAUGUGGAAUAGUAAUUCAUCUCAAGAGCUUAACUCAUCUUUAAAUUGGCCACCAUAUACAAAGAAAAUGUCAUCGAAGGGUCUGAGUGGCAAAAAAAGGAGAAGGGAAAGGGGAAUGAUGAAAGGUGGAAACAAACAAGAAGAAGCGUGGAUAAAUCCAUUUGUUAAACAGUUUUCAAAUAUCAGUUUUUCGAGAGACUCACCAGAGGAAAAUGUACAAAGCAAUAAGAUGGACCUUUCUGGAGGAAUGUUACAAGACAAACGAAUGGAGAUAGAUAAACAUAGCCUAAAUAUUGGUGAUUACAAUCGAACGGUCGGGAAAGGCCCUGGUUCUCGGCCUCAGAUUUCCAAAGAGUCUUCCAUGGAGCGCAAUCCUUAUUUUGAUAAGGAUGGCAUUGUAGCAGAUGAAUCCCAAAACAUGCAGUUUAUGUCCAGUCAAAGCAUGAAGCUUCCCCCUUCAAAUAGUGCACUACCUAACCAGGCCCUUGGCUCCAUAGCAGGGCUGGGUAUGCAAAACUUGAAUUCUGUUAGACAGAAUGGCAAUCCCAGUAUGUUUGGUGUUGGAAACACAGCAGCACAACCCCGGGGCAUGCAGCAGCCUCCAGCACAACCUCUUAGUUCAUCUCAGCCUAAUCUCCGUGCUCAAGUGCCUCCUCCAUUACUCUCCCCUCAGGUUCCAGUUUCAUUGCUGAAGUAUGCACCAAACAACGGUGGCCUGAAUCCACUCUUUGGCCCUCAACAGGUAGCCAUGCUGAACCAGCUAUCCCAGCUAAACCAGCUUUCUCAGAUCUCCCAGUUACAGCGAUUGUUAGCGCAGCAGCAAAGGGCGCAGAGUCAGAGAAGCGUGCCUUCUGGGAACCGGCCGCAGCAAGACCAGCAGGGUCGACCUCUUAGCGUGCAGCAGCAAAUGAUGCAACAAUCUCGUCAACUUGAUCCAAACCUGUUGGUGAAGCAGCAGACUCCACCAUCUCAGCAGCAGCCACUCCAUCAGCCAGUCAUGAAGUCUUUCCUUGACAAUGUCAUGCCCCACACUACACCUGAGCUGCAAAAAGGGCCAUCACCAAUAAAUGCUUUCAGCAACUUCCCUAUAGGCUUGAACUCAAACUUGAAUGUAAAUAUGGAUAUGAACAGUAUUAAAGAGCCACAGUCAAGACUAAGGAAAUGGACGACAGUGGACAGCAUUUCUGUGAACACAUCUUUGGAUCAAAACUCCAGCAAACAUGGUGCUAUUUCAAGUGGUUUCAGGCUGGAAGAGUCUCCAUUUGUUCCCUAUGACUUUAUGAACAGCAGUACUUCACCAGCCAGUCCUCCAGGUUCAAUAGGAGAUGGCUGGCCACGUGCCAAAUCGCCUAACGGCUCUAGCAGUGUUAAUUGGCCACCAGAAUUUCGUCCUGGUGAGCCAUGGAAAGGUUAUCCAAACAUUGACCCUGAAACUGACCCUUACGUCACUCCUGGCAGUGUCAUAAACAAUCUUUCAAUUAAUACUGUGCGGGAAGUUGACCACCUCAGGGACAGGAACAGUGGGUCAUCCUCAUCCUUGAACACCACGCUGCCUUCAACUAGUGCCUGGUCAUCCAUUCGUGCCUCCAACUACAACGUUCCCCUCAGCAGUACAGCACAAAGCACUUCAGCCAGAAAUAGUGAUUCCAAAUUGACAUGGUCUCCUGGUUCAGUUACAAACACCUCUCUGGCUCAUGAGCUGUGGAAGGUCCCUUUGCCACCUAAAAACAUCACUGCUCCGUCCCGCCCACCUCCGGGACUGACUGGUCAGAAGCCACCCUUGUCUACGUGGGAUAAUUCUCCCCUUCGUAUAGGUGGAGGAUGGGGAAAUUCUGACGCCAGAUAUACCCCAGGUUCCAGCUGGGGUGAGAGCAGCUCAGGGAGAAUAACAAAUUGGCUUGUUCUAAAAAACCUUACACCUCAGAUCGAUGGCUCAACUCUGCGCACUCUGUGCAUGCAGCACGGCCCGCUGAUCACAUUCCACCUGAACCUCCCUCACGGAAAUGCUCUGGUCCGCUACAGUUCAAAAGAAGAGGUAGUGAAGGCACAAAAGUCUCUGCACAUGUGUGUACUGGGGAACACUACUAUUCUUGCUGAGUUUGCCAGUGAAGAGGAGAUCAGUCGUUUCUUUGCACAAAGCCAGUCUCUGACCCCUUCUCCCGGCUGGCAGUCUCUCGGGUCCAGCCAGAGCCGGCUGGGCUCCCUCGACUGUUCCCACUCAUUCUCCAGCCGGACCGAUCUCAAUCACUGGAAUGGUGCUGGGCUGUCGGGAACUAACUGUGGAGACCUUCACGGCACUUCACUCUGGGGGACCCCGCAUUAUUCCACAAGCCUGUGGGGUCCUCCAAGCAGCAGCGACCCCCGAGGAAUUAGCAGCCCAUCUCCCAUUAACGCUUUUCUUUCUGUUGACCACCUGGGUGGGGGUGGAGAGUCCAUGUAACAGUGUAGAUGCAGACUCACCGACCGGGACCUCAGACGCGAGGGAAAGGAGCACUAAGUGGGGCUCGCCGCCUGCAGCCAGGGGCCGCCUGUGGGAACAGCUAUUCUCUGCACAUUUUCCACUUUGUUUUCCCCAAAACAUAUCAGUUUGAAUACUUGAAUCAUGCAGGCCAAUAUUAUAAUGUGAAAAGGUAUCUACUCUAUUUACACUCCCAAAUAGCGCCAUACAUGCUAAACCGUAGAGAAUGAGCUCGCUUGUGUCUAUUCAUCAUGUUUAGCCUUUGGAUUCUUUUUUUUUUUUCCUUCUAUUCCUCCCCCUCCCCCCCCCCCACCCUUUUUUUUCUCUCUUGCAAAACCAUUUUUUGGGCUGAUAACGUAUGAGCUUUUCCCUUUGCACUGAAUGAUGUUCUCUCCGUCUCAUCGGCAGUAUGGGGGGCAGCUGUCCCAGUGUCAAUGUUUACUCAAGGGUGUUCUUAGGAGGCGUGCGCUCUCUACUAUGCCUUGAUGUUGCCUACCUUAUUGUGGUAUCGUGGAGUUUAAAAGAUCAAGUUAGGAUGCUGACUUAGGAUUAUUAAUGAAAGUGUUGCACCAGUUUUUUCAUGUUGUAAAACUAAAGAAUUUCGCUCUGCAGUUUGAAAAACUGUGGCCACAGCUGUGACUUGCAGCCCACCUGCCACCCAGGACGGGCCCUGCACUUUGAAUAGGCUUUCCAUUUUGUUUUGGAGGUUCUCACGUUGAACCUUCUUGUUUACAGAUUUUUUUGUUUGUUUUUUGAGAAAAAAAAAUGUUUACUCUUCCAUCAUUUAAAAAAAUGUAAAAGACAAAAAAAAAUGGAGGAUGAUUUAAAAGAUGCUUUCUAUCUCUGGGAAAAAGGAGCAGCAUUUGGCCAUGUUCUUUUGUUUUUCUAUUCCUGUCCCAAAUCAAAGAGCAUGGUUCUCAGGAAAACCAGUUCCCCAGUUUAAAAAAAAAAAAAAAAAAAAAAAAAAAAAAAUCCUUGUAGUUUCUUAUAGGAAAAAAAGAAAAACCCCAACUUUUAGCACUGAUACUACAUAUUGCUCUGUUAAAGAAUUUUCUCUGCCAAAAAAAAAAGAAAAAACAAAAAAACGCUUAAAGCUGGAGUUUGACAUUCUGCUUUCAGAUGCUGUCUUUUUAUUAGUGAGUGAUGAUGGUUUGCUAAUAAUCAAUAGGUAAUAAUUUUUUGUAAUCCCAUCAAGUGGCUCCAUAUGUUUCUGCUCUCUUGUGACUGUGUUAACGUUUAACUGUUGUACCUUAAAGCCGAAAUCAGUAACUAUGCAUACUGUAACCAAGGUAUUGGGCUUACAGAGUUGUUUGUUGUAUAAAGAAAAUUUUAAAUGUUGUUGCAAACUAACGAGUUACACCAUUUUAAACUUUCUUUCCUCCCCCCUUUUUUUGCCCACAAAUGGUAUUAUAAUGCUUGCUUAGUCAAAGAAGAGAGACUAAACAAGGGUAAAAAUUUUAACAGUACAGAAUUUGCCAUCAUAUCAUUGCCUUGAUUCUAACUGUUUGUGUCCUAAGAUGCAAAAGAAGUCAGUGGCUUUUAACUGUUUACAAAUAGAAUGUGAUUGUAAAAUGUACAGUUUGGUUGUGUUUGAAUUAUGAAAUUUCUUCAGAUAUAAUAAACCAUGACUUUUUGGCUGCUCAACAUUAAUUGUCUCCUUUUUGUGAAUUUAUUUGUAGGCUCUUUUUUAUAAUGAAAGUUUCAAAGUUGCUACGUAUGAGGGUUCUCAUAGAGCAACCGAUUAAAAAUUUAAGCAAAUAUUUGAACAUUUUAUCUGAACUCAUCACAAUUUCACCCUGAAAUAAUGUGAGAACAAUGGGAAACUGUAGCUUGCUCCUUCCCACCCUCUCUGAGCAUCUUUGGGAUCUUGUUGCUCAAAACUCUUCUGUGACUUCAUCUUCCCCACCAUUUGUGCCCAUCUCAAGCCUCAGCAAGAAACCAUGUGGAACAUGAAGCUUAAUGACUUGACAGUGUACUAGUGUUAAACUCUCAUACCUCUGUUACAAAGCGAGAAACGCCACACCCGGACUGGCCUUUUCUUCCCCCUUCACCGCCCUCGCUUCUCCCUGCAGGAGCUCGGGGCGAAACCUGUGUAUGGAUUUCAGUGUAUGACUUCAGAUCAUGCUCCAACUUGCCAGGUGUAAGCUAAUGUUGUCGGACACCUUACUAUAAGCAAAUGUUAUUCAGUGCGUUCAGUGUAUAUUGACUUCCAUACUGGUUUUUCCAAAAACCAAAGGUAGCUUUGAAAAACCAUGUCUGGAAAUGUUUGGAGCGUUAAGCUGAUUGACCUUCUGACCUUGGGGCUUUGAGUAGUAUAUAAUUCAUAACUGCGUUAAUUGUAUUGUUAAAGUGUUUGGGAGUUUUUUGCGCUUGUUAUGUGGAAAUAAAGUGUUUGAUUUAAAAUUUUU